GAAAUGAUCCUCUGUCUGGUGAAUAAAUCCACACCAGGUGCUCGGACCACGAGACCGUAAUCAUUGAUCACAAACAAUCAUAAACAAACAAGUCUUGAAGCAUUACUUCCCUUUCCCUUUGGAAAAUCUAGAGCAGUCUUGGAGAAAUACUGCAACCCUGGUAUCAUCAUGUCAGAACAUCAUCUACCAUCAAACUCUGAUGUUGAAAAGAAAGAAGACAUCUCACUCUCAACAUUCCAAGAAAAUCAACCUGUAUCAACUACACUUCAAUCCGUCAUGACCACGCCUUUCAACUCACCUCUUCCGAAAACUUUCAAAGCUGCGGAACCAACGAAAGACUCGAAUCUUGCAGGAAACCCAAUCACUAUCGAUGACAAUGACGAUGACUCAACUAAAUCCAAUACUGAUCAGGCCAACAAACUCAUCCCACCAUCAGCGACAUGGAAAGGAAAAGGAAAAGCCACGGCAGCAAGUCAUGCUUAUUCAGAAGAAGAGAUGAUUGCGGCAACAGCUUUAUUGACUUUGUCAAGGAAUGUCUACGAUAUGUCGAUUGAAACUUACAACAAUAAGGAGACGGAUCAACGUACAACUUCUGGGAUGGCGCAUGUUGCAUCUGGACAACUGCCAGGGUUUCCAACGGAAAUUUGGAUAAAAAUAUGGACACUUGUCGCGAAUAAUAAUCCAAGGAACGUUGACAUCUGGGCUUGCAGUGUAGGACCGAAAGUAUUAUGGGACAGUGAGGAACAGCGAAUAAUUGAUGACCCUCGGAAUUAUUCACACGGAGUUCGAUGGAAGCCAUUCAAAUUCAUGACAACACAAAUUGUUCCUCCGGUCCUACAUAUCAACGUCCUAUCACGGUGCAUUGGUUUGGAAUAUUAUAGACUCGCCUUUGGUUGUCGUGACGGAAUGCCCGAUAUACCUUUGGAUGAUUACUCGAAAUUUGAGCCUCACAUUUACUGCCAUGUUGAAAAUGAUCUCAUAUGUCCAAUGGGUCGUUUCAAACCUAAUGAAAGCGACUUUUUUUGGACAGGGUUUCCCAACGGCAUCUCCUCAAUUGCCAUAAAUUUAGGCAGGCUCACAAAGAGUACUCCAAAGCUCGAAGACAAUGAAGAUUAUAACAAGCAAAUGGCUCAUGAACAGUUCAGUAAAGAGGAUUGGAGAGGUCUCAAUGAGGAGCUUGACCCACUUGAUGAAAUGAUAACCUUCUUUGACAUCAACUAUGAGGAUCAAUUCCGAGGGCGUGCGACAAGGAUUUACAUGUAUUAUUUUACCGACUACAUCAGCAAACGAGGCCCCAGAGAUUUUCGAUUUACACCAUUCUUGGAAGACUCGGAUGAGCAUGUUCUACCACCCUCCGAUGUACUCUUCGAUAUAUAUCCAUAUUCAAAUUGCAGCCUUAGUAGAUAUUUUAGGGAGGCUGAAUGGCUCUUGCAUUUAGGUCCCGACGGUGAUGAUUCGUAUGAACGAUGGGAAAAAUGGCUUCAAUAUGGGGGUUUGGCAUGGUUGAAAGGAGAGGGGCCAAAACCUUGUUGGGGCCAACUGGACAACCCUACGCCAGAUGAUCAGGAAAGAGAUGAAUUCUUUUCGAAUCUAGAUCUCGAGGAAGAACAGGACUUUAUAAAUCGGGGUGUUCCUAAUAUUGGAUUAAACUCUAAAUUUUGGCUUCCAGGUUAUCCAGAGAUUCAUUACAUGAACCUCAAAAUCCAUGGUUAGAUUUUUAGUUGGUGCAUAAUUUGGUGUGGAAGUGGUAUGGGUAGUACGAUCGAUGGAUUGAUGGUUUCAAUUUAGGUAGUGAUAAUUGAUGGUAUUGCGAAUUUUGAAUGCGAAUUUGGGAAUUGAAUGGUUCCAAGUUGUGUACCGGAUGAUCAGUGGUUAGGAUUGUGAUUGAAUCUGAAAGUUUGAGUGGGAUUAAUGAAGUCUGGAUAGAGAGAGGAUGGGACAAAAUAGAGACAUGAUAGAGACAAGAUGAAGCACCAGAAGACCAGAAGAUAGGAAUUCAAAUAAAAAUGCAAGUAAAUUGAUCAAAGUAAUCUUUUCAAUUCAAUCUCAUGAACAAACUCGUCUCCAAAUCAUCGUGAGCA